CGACAGAGGUUUCGAGAGAGCAAGAGAGCAAGAGAGCGAGCAGAGAAAGGAGAUCUGAUAAUCAGCUGAGCAGGAGAGCAUAAGCAGUAGCAGUCAUGGGGAAGGAUUUGAGCGACGAUCAAGUGGCAUCGAUGAAGGAGGCUUUCAUUCUCUUCGACACAGAUAAUGAUGGUCGUAUCGCUGCAUCAGAAUUAGGGAUCCUGAUGCGAUCUCUGGGUGGAAACCCUACACAAGCUCAGCUUAAAGAGAUCGUUACCCAGGAGAAACUCACCUCACCCUUCGAUUUCCCUCGUUUCCUGGAACUUAUGAAGAAGCACAUGAAGCUCGAGCCCUUCGAUUGUCAGCUCCGUGACGCUUUCAAGGUCAUCGACAAGGAAUCCACUGGUUAUGUCUCUGUUUCUGAACUCCGUCAUAUCCUUACCAGUAUUGGAGAGAAGCUCGACGCUGCUGAAUUCGACGAGUGGAUCCGUGAGGUUGAUGUUGGAUCCGAUGGUAGGAUCAAAUACGAGGACUUCAUCGUUCGCAUGAUCGCCAAGUGAUGUAAUACAUACUGUUUCUGUUGAUAUAUACCCAUCUUCUCCCUAAUCGAUUAAUUUCUGUGAG